GGCGGUGCGACCCAAACGUGCGAGACUUGUACGGCGUGACGCCGCUGCACAAGGCGGUCGCCUUCGGGCAGGCGACGAGCGUGGCGGCGCUGCUCGACGACCCGCGCACCGAGGUGGACCGGCCGGUCGGCGAGCCGAGGGCGCCGGCCGAGCACGGUGCCCUCUCCGGCGGCGAGACGCCGCUGCUGCUCGCCGCCUCGCACACGUACCACUUCCACCACACGAAGCACACGCGCAUCGCGAGCCUGCUGCUUGCUGCGGGCGCAGACCCGAACCUGGUCGUCGCCGAGGCGGGCGGUCAGACCGCGGCGCACCGCGCUGCGCAGGCGGGGAACGCGGGGGUGGUGGCGAGCCUCCUCCGGUGCGGCCGUGCGCGGUGGGAGCUGCGCGACGACCGAGGCCGCACUCCGCGCGAGCUCGCCGAGGAGCACGGCAGGACAGAG